AUGAAUAAUGAUAAUGCGACAAAACUACCUUCAGAAAUUAUAAAAUCUAUUGCACUUUAUCUAAACAAAGUAGACAGAUUGAGUUGUUUAACUCUUUGCAAAGCUUGGUACAAGACAUUGAUCAACCUGAUUUAUGAAGAUGUCACUUUUAAGACAUUAAAGUCAUUUCGCAUCUUUCUUCACACAAUCACUCAUCAUUCAAACGUCUUGAGACCUGGAAGAGCGGUACGAACGAUCCAAAUGAACAUUGACAGUAUGGAUGAGUGUAACUUUGGAGAAAAAGAGAUGGUCUUUACCGAAUUUGAAUUAUUGGCAAGACAUUGCCCUUUUGUGACCCAAUUGACCUUUCGGUUUCCGCACUAUUGGCGAUUCCUGCAUGAACUUGAUUUGGAUCAUCAUUGGCUUUACCUGAGUAAGCUUUCAGAUAGUGAUGGAAGUCGAAAGUCAAGAAAGACAAUGGUCUCUUUGGGUCAUCGACUGACGACUUACGGCAUUGACACGAGCCUAUCACUUAGCAGCUAUGGUAUCACUCGAGAGCACAUCCUUCAAGACAUAAGCAUGUUGCCCAGUCUAAAGGUCAUUCGGUUGAAAAGCAAGUACUUUCACUUGUACAUUCAAGAUAUCGUCCAUAUCUUUCGUGAGCAUCCGCAGUUGGAGGAACUGAGUCUGUGGGUAAAGAUGAAGAAAGCACCAGAUACGGACGAUAUCCCUACGUAUAGUAACAAAGAGCAGCGCAUACACACACUAGGUUGCUUGAUUGAUAAUACACAACAUCCGUGGAUCCCAUUUAUCAAACGUAACUAUAGUUACAUCGACACGUUGGCAUUUCAAGUCGCUUAUCAAAGGAAUCAAGAAGGUAUCGUACAGCCCAUGAGCGAUAGGACAAAGGCAGACAUAUUAGAUAGCAUCCUUGGCCUCUUUCAUAACGAAUACAUGGCAUCAUCACAAGAUACCCAUAAACUUUCUGUCCGCCGACUGAACAUUAAUCUCGGCAAGGCUGGAGGACUCUUGCUUGCCAUCUAUAUGUCAUCCAUUAUCUACAUGACUUCAGCUGCUUAUGUACACUUUACGGUCAGUACAUCGCUCCAUAUCAACUUCAUACAUGACUUUUUUGAACAUAUGCCCAUGGCCAACUCAGAGACAGAGUUCUUGCCCUUGAAAAGCCAAGUGCACCACUCUUUUAACAUUGUCUAUCCAUUUGAUCCAAUGGACAACAACCAAGGUCUCAUCGAACAUUUAAAACUAGCUACAGAAUCACUCACUUACUACAUCACUGAACUGACGAUCAAAGAGACUAGGAAAUAUAUGGCAACCUAUUCACUGGGAUUUCAGUGCUUGGAUACCAUCCUCGAGCAUUUCACAUACUUGAAAGCCCUGACCUUUGUUCUAUCCAAUACGUACCUGUUUGAUGACAGCGACAACAGCAGUAAUAGUUUAGGAGAGAUAGAUGAAGUGACCUAUGUGGGCGAAGUCACCUUAAGUCACUCAGACGCAAGUACACACAUCAAGCACGACACGUUGACCUCUCUCACUGUCAAGGAAGGGAAAAUGAAUACGAAAGUCUUUUCUUAUCUGUUCAGCAAGUGUCCUCACCUAUCUAGCCUUAGUAUAAGAAAAUAUGGAUAUGAUGAGGAAUCUCUCUUGAUUUUGGAGUGUCUUUGCUUGGAGAAUAAUGUAAACUUGGUUUAUUUGUCAUAA